UUCGACCGGCGCCAUCUUCAUUUAAUUCAGUCCGCCGCGAAUCGUCGUGGGAUUAACGUUGUUGUCGAAGCAAUUUUUAGUAAUACAACCGCACCGGGCUUAACUACGCCGGCAACUGCUACUUUAGGAUUAAAAUAGAGACUAUUAUUCAUAAAUAGUGCCGAGUUAAUUAAUGUUUGUGAAAUCCAGGAACCUGAUUAAGUAUUUCGCAGUGCGACAGUGUUUGAUCUCGCGAUCUACGUGACUGCAUUUCUUUGGUGGUGUGAGCUAGCUGAAGUGUGAAAAGGCCUAAAAAUGAACGGUCUGAACGGGCACAGUAACGGCGAGGUGAACGGCUCUGGGGACAUCAUCACGCAGAACCAGCAGCGCGGCUGGUGGACAAUCGGGCUCAUCAACUCGCGGUACCGGUACCUCACCGCCGAGACCUUCGGCUUCAAGAUCAACGCCAACGGCACCAGCCUCAAGAAGAAACAGAUCUGGACGCUGGAGCCCGCUUCUGGGAAUGCUAAUGACAGCAUGAUCUACCUGCGGUCGCACCUGGACAAGUACCUAGCGGUGGACUCUUUCGGGAACGUCACAUGCGAGUCUGAAGAAAAGGAGCCCGGCAGCAAGUUCCACAUCAGCGUGUCGGAAGACGGCUCCGGGCGCUGGGCGCUGCGCAACGUGGAGCGGGGCUACUUCCUCGGCUCGAGCUCGGACAAGCUCACCUGCACCGCCAAGGUGCCCGGCGACGCCGAGCUGUGGCACGUCCACCUGGCUGCCAGGCCUCAGGUGAAUCUGCGGUCAAUCGGUCGCAAGCGCUUCGCGCACCUGUCGGAGUCGCUGGACGAGAUCCACGUGGACGCCAACGUGCCCUGGGGCGAGGACACCCUGUUCACGUUGGAGUUCCGCGCCGACGAGGGCGGCAAGUACGCGCUGCACACCUGCAACAACAAAUACCUCAGCGCUGGAGGAAAGCUGCUGGAGGCGUGCUCGGCGGCGUGCCUGUUCAGCGCCGAGUACCACGCGGGCGCGCUGGCGCUGCGCGACGGCGCGGGCCAGUACCUGGCGCCCAUCGGCUCCAAGGCCGUGCUGAAGACGCGCUCGGCCGCCGUCACGCGCGACGAGCUGUUCUCGCUGGAGGACUCGCUGCCGCAGGCCGCCUUCGUGGCCGCGCUCAACGACAAGUUCGUCUCCGUCAAGCAAGGUACGUGCCCGCCAUCGCCACUCGCCACCGCACUAAAUUUGAUUUUCAGGCCAAUCCUUGUGCUGAAGUGCGAGCAGGGCUUCGUGGGCCCGAAGGGCGUUAAGCUGGAGUGCAAUAAGGCCAACUACGAGACUAUUCAGGUGGUGCGCGGGCCAAAGGGUGCCGUUUACUUCAAGGGGUCCAACGGCAAGUACUGGCACGCCGACAGCGAGAGCGUGACGUGCGACGGCGACGCGCCGCAGGGCUUCCUGCUGGAGCUGCGCGAGCCCACGCGCCUGGCCAUCCGCGCCGCCGCCUCGCGCGAGUACCUGGCCGCCGCCAAGAACGGCAACUUCCGCCUGUCGGGCAGCGACCUCAGCUGCGCCACGCACUGGGAGUACUAGGCCCGCCGACCGACACGUUCGCGACACUUCCUUCUCGGGGCG